UCCACACGAACUCGAGAAUGACGACCACUGGGGACCUGACCCGCUUCGAGGAGUGGUCUCUCGCGGUGCCUUCUGCUGCGCCCUUGAACACUGCUGCCUUAGCACGCCAUGGUGAAGAUCUCUCUUUGAAUGAUGUCAGUCGGAGUACACGCACCGCCUUUGAAGGACUGGCUGACUGGCAUAAGAAAAGUUCUGAAAUACUUGAAAAUAAGGGGAUAUAUAUUCUUUGACUGAACGUCCUUUGAACUCAAGACAGUCGUUAACAUUCCGGAGACGAAGACAGAACAUAGGUCAAGAUGUGUGAGGGCUAUCAGUUCAACCUCGUCUUCGACUUCGAGUGGAUCAACGGGACUCUGGUGCCCACCGUGAGGCCCGUCCUGAAACCCUGUCCUGAGGACCCUCGGCCCAUCAUCGCCGGGGUGUUCCUCUCCCUCAUCUUCGUCGGGGCGUUCUUGCUGAACUUGGUGGUGGUGGUGACGGUGGCGACGAGCUACACACUCAAGAGGUUCCUCUACUGCCACAUCCUCAUCAACCUCUGCGUUGCGUGCAUGAUCGACUGCAUCUUCAACCUCACCAUCUCCAUCGGGUAUGUGACGUCGGCGCCCUGGAGGUUCGGGUACUCGAUGAGCUUCUUCAAUGGCUUCACGAUCAACAUGCUCAACAGCGAAAUGGCCUUCGCGGUUUUGCUGUUGGCCGUCGACCGUCUCGCCGCAGCCAAGAAGUAUAUGCCUUACCUGAACCUGAAUGAAUGCAAAAUAGGGUUGGUGAUUGGCUUCACCUGGGUGGUUGCCUUUGCGCUGGCUUCUCCCAUCGUCUGUGGCUUCAUCUUCAGCAUACCUUACAGGAACAGGUAUUCCUGUUCGGUCGCAGACCCACAUGAUGAUUAUUACUUAAUCAUUCACCUUAUCUUGGUCGUCGCCUUCUCCACCAUCACCAUGAUCGUCCUCACGGUGAUCACGUCCGUGACCUUCCACCGGGAACGCAAGAAGCAGAAGAAGAUCAAGGGCAACCAGACGAUGGGCUAUUUCGACCAGAUCCUGAUGACGCCUUAUUUCAGGACCGAGUUCUAUCCCGCGGUUUUCUCCUUCUGUAUUGUUGUGGCCUACGUGCUCCUGUGGCUUCCCUUCACCGUGACCACGACCGUCGGGCCCAUGAUCUCGCAGCACUGGGCCAACGAGACGACCGAAGAUUCGGACAGUAACUCUUACAGCAUCUUUGACCCUAAGGACCGAGCCGGGAUCAAGAGACGAGCGAUGCUGGACGAGAGUCAGCUGCUUUCCCUCAAUACCACGAUGAGUCCGAACGUGACUUCUGAAAUGGCCAACAAGAUGAACAACAUGACCAUGAACGAAAACCUCAUUCCAGAGGUCGUCGACACACCCGUCUCCGACACGGUGUUCAUAUGGUUCCGCUAUAUCUUCGACAUUGUAGUGCCAAUCCUAGUAUUUAUAGUCUUGAAGGAUGUGCGGGGCAAGUGCGAGAGCCUCAUAAUGUGCUGUAGGCCCAACUCCGUUGACGUGGCGUCGCCCAAGCCAAUGAGGCCUCCGUAUCUGAAGCAGAUGUCGACUCCUGGCACGGCAGAGAAGGAGUCGGGGUCCAAGUCAAAGAAGCCGAAGGGCAGCGGCAAGAACACCAUUGGCUUCAAGACGCCAAUCCUGUUCGCCACCUCCGAGGGCCUGCACAUUCGGACGGUGGAGGAGACUUACCUCGACAUGAUCGACAACAAGCCCCUCAUAGGCUUCGGCCGCCAGAACACGUCUGAACCUGUCUUUACCUACGAUUUGUGCGACGUCAUGCUCGGCUACGAAGACCUCACGGACUUCGACGGCCAGUACCACAUCGACGACAACUACGACAACGACUCCAUCACGGCGGACCUGGCCCAGAGCAACCCGGUGGUGAUGGGCGCCAACAGGGCCGCCAUGGGGCAGAGGCCGCAGCUCAUCAGCGAGGACGAGGACGACAUUCCUCCCGACGUGGAGAUCCGGCCGCCGACGCCGCCGAAGGUUCAGAUAGUCGGAAACGAACCGGCUGUGAACCUCGGCGACGACGUGGACGUGGACGCCAAGAGGAACAAGAAGGGCAAGAAGGUGGUGCGGUUCGCCACGAUGCUGAACGAGGAGAUCCCUCGCCUGGACAGCCCCGACAGCAGCUCCGGCCUCGACUCCUCCAGCGCCAGCGCCGGCUCCAGCGACUCCGGGAUCAUGGCCGACAACGAGCGCUCGUCCGCCACCGCUCACGACGAGGACAAGAAGCCCAGGUUCAGCGUGAACCGUAACCGGAACGCUCAGCGACCUCCCGCGGGCUCCGAACCGGGGAAGCCACCGCACCAGCCUCCGAGAAGGCCUCAGCCACCCGCCAAGAAGGCCUCCUCGGCGCCCAAGAAGGUCGUCGUGUCGAAGGUUCGGAACAUCAAGAGUCGACACAUCCAGAACAUGAACGGUUCGCUCUCGUCGCUGGAGGGGCCGUCCGCGCAGCCCGGCAGAAGGUUCUCGAAGCCCGGAGCGAAGCCCGAGGGAGCGCCGUCGUCCAAGACCGGCCCGAAUAGAUAGCAGAGGGAGACGUCCCAGCCCGCGGAUUUCGGGCCCACGGGCCACGAGUCAGCCCCCGAGACCGAAGUGGAGAGACUGAGGACUCGGGCGCCUCCCGGAAGCCUCACGGAGCCAACUUUUCGGCGGUUGAAAGGCGUGUGAGGGUUUCGCAAAAGGGUUUCCUUCGUCGGCAGAAAUCAUGCAGGUGACGAAGACAAUGGACUCGUGAUAAAUACAGGCACAAGAAGAAAGGGACAAAGUAAAUAUAUAGUAUUAUAUAUAUACAUCUAUAUUUAUAUAUACAUACAUAUAUACGUGUGUAUAUAUGUAAGUAACAAAGAUUCUUCGCCAAGACGGAAAAACAGUAAUCACUUGGUGCCAGAAGGCUUGCAGGCUUGCUAAUAUUACCUUUGUGACAUCAAUGGCAACACGCACCAAUGUUGCACGAGAAUUGAACAAUGUAUGUGUCAAAUAAUGUCGGCACCAGGAGUGUACUGGCACCAGCAAAUGCCUGCAACAUGUGGACAACAUGUCUGGAUCCAAAGCUUAUAUCUCAAUCUAUUUCGUAUAGUGAUGUGAUAAAGAUGAAAUGAAAAAUAACGAUGUGUAAAGAUACUGAAUUAUGAGGAAAAAAUGGCACCGUCCAUACAGUAUUGGUAUAUCUUUUCCCCAUAAUGAUUAUGCGGUUUCACGACGGAUAGAGUAUGUGGUAUUACCUGCAACAUGCAAAAUAGCAAAUCACUAAACAUGAUUAUAUACAAUGUUUGUGAAAACACCUAAAUUCUUCACAUUUCACGAAGAAAAUAUAAAAGCACAUCACUCGGUGGGGACGAAUCACAUAAACACCUGGCAUGUAUGAAUGUUUUGGUCGGAAAUAUAUUACGAUGUCACGUCGAUGGUUCAUGCUAAAUCACUAUGCUUUGGUGAUACAGUGCGAUGGUGCCUGUUCUUUGUACCGGGUGUUUUAUGCAGAAGGGAUAGUAUUUCCUGAUAAACGAAUGCUAAUGAGAAAGUACGAUAAUCAACGCACCUUGUAAUGACAAUCACAAAGAUAUUGCCAGUCAUGGAAUCAUGUAAUAAACAUUCGAAUUUUAGGAGAGGAAGGAGUCUUGCGCAGUUGCCAAUCAUUAUGUUUAGUUGAACUUUCCAUAAGGAGAGAUGAUACAUGUGGUGUGGGUGGAGGUUGAACCUUGAAUCUCAACAAUUUACUGAAUGUACA